UUUUUAGAAAAAAAAAAACUACCUGCUCGAGGUGCCAAUGGAUAAACGAAACUGAUUGACGUGAGUCAAAAAUCAAUUGUAUUAACCAAGCGCAUGUCAAGUAAUAAAUAAGAAUGAAUACGCCGCCGCGAUAAUACAACUGCGAUAUUUUAUUAUUUAGCACUAUUUGGAUGAUUUUAUUAACAAGUAACGCGCAAACUCGCGUUAAUUCAACACAGGUAAGAGUUGUGAUGUGUUGAGUUGUAAUAUACGUUAAGUCUAGAGGAACAGACUCAUGUCAGUGGAGAAAGAGAAAGAGAAAUAACAGAUGUAAUACUUAUAAGUGUAAGUUAACUUUAAGAGAGUUAAGAGUUUAGUUGGUGGAUGUGUGAGUGUAUUUUGUUGUAUGUGCAGCGGACGGAAUGAAAGUGGGGGAGUUUGUAUUAUAUUAAACAAGCGGCGAGCAUGCAUGUGUACAGCGUGGAAGAGGACAGGACGAAGGUAAAAAAAGGAUAAGGAAAAGAAAGAGGAGUGAGAUGAGUACUGGUAGGUAAAGUGUCGCGGUUAUACCAGCAUUCGGAAGACUCGGUGAGUCUUCCCCCAGACACUUGACACAAACUACCCGACCACCUUGCUCACAAGAUCAACCACCCUAUUUUUAUUCUCUGUGUCACGGGACAAUGUCACGGUCAAUAUUGUGACAUUGUUAUUUUUUUAUUGGUUUUUUUUUUAUUUUUUUUUUUUUGAGUUACUUGAUUUGUGAUGUGAAUUAUUUAUUUAUUGUGUAUUUAAUUGUGGUUUUUAAUUAAGUAUGGUAAUGGAAGUUAUUUCCUUGUAAACUUUAAAUUGUGAAAUUAUCAGAAUGCCGAUAAAAAAAUGUUUCUAUCGUUAUUCAUACUUACGACCAGCUUACAAAUUAUCAUCGUAUCAGGACAAGAAAUUUCAGUGGUUCGACAUAUUGACGGUGAUAUUUUUACUGUCGAGGGUUCUUGCGCUACUGCAUGCACAGCUGUCAGUAGCGGAACAGCGAAUCCUUACAAACGACAAAUAUCCCAAGUAUCUGAUGGCAUUAAUUCAUCAUCAUUAACAUCCAGCGUAACAACGAGCCCAGUCGCCACAAACACAACCUGUGUCUGUCAAUGUAAAUCAGAGCUGGCUCUUUUUCGUGAGGACUUGAACAUUUGCGUGAGCGAUAUCCACGAAUGCAGAGUCACAGGUUUUAUCAGCAAUGCCGGUGUUGUGGAAAGAAUUCCUUACGUAUUUUUGCCGCAACUUGGACAGAUAAUUUAUCCUCAAGCAGAAAUUCAAUUUCAGGGUGUUACGGCCCCAGUAUGUGGUAUCGCUGGCGCUCAACAGCUCGGAAGAUCAGGCUGGUCGGAGUUCAGAAAUUUAUCCAGUACAGAGUCGCCGUUCCGACUUUUCAAAGAUCAAAACAAAACGUUUAUUCAGUGGAUAGGUGACGUUGGACUGAGAGAAUCCGCGGAAGGUAAAUUAAUCGCGGUUAAAUUAGUCUGCAGAGAUGCGUCGCCUAAUUCAACAAAUCCAGGUGUCUUUAUACCUUGUGUCGCGUUUAGAGUCGCGGGUUCGCCAUCAAGAAGCAAUAUUCGAGAAGUUUCAUUCGUCUCGACUGGACCAUAUCACCAAGGCCUCUCAACACUCGAAUAUACGGCGAUAGGAAUCUCAAUCCUGCUGUUAGUAUUGAUAUACAUCGCAAGCGUGUCUCUGUACCUACACACCCGCAAAGCCCGACGGAAAAGAAAUGCCCGAGACCCAGAACUGACAAUUCCUAGCCGCGAGGCCGCGGGACUGAUAAAAAAUAAUCCUUUGCUGAACCGACACUUUGAAAGUGACAGCAAUAGCCUUCACAGCGAGACUAGUGACCCCGUUGGCGAGGAGUACAAUCCAACUGACCCCGACACCGGAUUCGAGAAAGUAACCUCUGCUAUUAUUCAUCCCCAUGCGAUGUUUGUCGAGCAUGCUAACGACUCAAUGAUGGGUUCGUCAUCCUCCGCAAUAAUUGCUGAGCGCUUGCCCGAGGAAGAUGUCAGGAUUGUUGAGACUGCUGAUACUGCUAAUCAGUUUCAGCAGCAAUUGCAUCACCAGCAGUUUGAUAUGUCGGUAUUACCGGGUAUUCAGCGGAGGAAGUUGUAUUUCAAUCCGGCUUACUUUGAUCGACAAUUACUGUUGGCUCCACCACCAGCAGCCAUCGAAUUCAUCCUAAAAAUCCGCGAAGUGAUAUCCAUCGCCAAGCACAAAUUAACUGCUAAGCGUUUCAUACCGACUCUCACCAAAAUUCCCGAAGAAGAUAGCGUUAGUUCGGAUAAGUGCAGCACCUCCCACAAGCGCGCAGCCUCAUCAAUCCGAAGUUCAAUUACAAAAUCCCGGAAAUCUCAGAAAUGUACCGGUUGUCCAGGUUGCUUGGACACUCGACAAAUAUCAACCAAUAACGGCAACCUACCUUUGCUAAAUCUUCCUGACGACCAUUUGCGGCCAGUUGGGGAAAGCCGGGUCCGUGCUUGGCUUGAAGAUAUCAAGCCUCCUUCAGAAUCGCGGCGUAAAUUAGAUAACAACAACAACUAUCACUACAAUGGUUUCAACAAAAACCAACUACAAGACAAUUCGCGUGUGUUUGCCCGCAGUUUGGAAUAUCUGAAUGACAUUCCGCGACGAAACACCAGCAGAAACUCCCUGACAACGUGGAAAGACCCGCCGAUGCUUCGUACUUUCCAGAAUAUUGCACUAAGUGAAUGCGAUGACGACCAAACCAGCCAACACAGCGUCUCAAAACGCUCCACCAAAUCGAUGUUUGAAGACACCAACUACGACCGGUAUUGUCGCACCCGCAAGUGUACUUUACUUCAGCAGAAGAUCAACACCAUCAACGAAGUAAACCAAAUCAACGACAAGGUUCGGAAGGCCAUUGAGAAUUCGUUCAUCAAGCAAAUGGAGGAAAAUGCGGCUUUGGAGAGUCAGAUUGAAUCAAAAAUGAACGAAAGACGCUUUUCACCGGACGGAAGCUCUGAAAAAACGAAUUUCGAGUCCUUGAACUCUCUAAACUCCUACAAAUCUCCAAGUAACUCAGAUAAAUCCGCUACUGGAUCACCCUCGAUGGUCCAGGUUUUGCCCGACAUGAUUAACGAGCUCCCUAAUUCAAAGCUACAAGCCAAGAAGAUAAUGGACGCGGUUAUCAAGGAAAUGGUCGACGUGAAAUUGGACAACAAGAUGGAGCGCAAGUUGCUGGACAUCGACUAUGAAGUGGACAGUCUUGAGCGAACCCAGAAGCGUUUGGAGUCAAACUUGCUUAAUAAGCACCUCAAGAAACAGGCUGAGAACCAAGGAGAGGUACAACGGAAAAAUUACUACAACAAACUACCGGAAUUGGUUUCAAGAAAUGAAGGAUACUCGUUAGUUAGCGAAGUUUACGUUAAUGAUGGGUACGCCAGUCCAGCAAACAGCGACGAUUCUGGACCAGAAAUCAGCUACGAGCCGGAACAACCAGGUCAUUUGACGAUCAAAGUUCAAGAUUCUCCGGAUAAUUAUGUUAAGUAUGAUGAAUCUGAGUAUGAGCCUGAUACCUUGGAUCGCAAGCCCAUGAAGUUAAAGAUCAAUGGGGAUGUUAUCUAUGACAACAAAGAAGCUAACAAUGAAGUUUAUGUGGAUUCUCUGGAACGGCCGUCACAAAUUUUGCUGAAAAGCAAAGGGAGCUUCAGAGAUGAGGCGAAUUUAGAUGGUACAGGCGAUGAAAAUGACAAUAGAAACGAAAAUGGGAAUCGUAAUGGAGGAAAUUCGCUUACGCGUGGAUAUGGAAGUUUGAGAGAAAUCUACGAAGCGAGACUCAGGAUGGCUGUUGAUAGUAAUUUAAUGAACACUAAUUCAUUGAACGGACAGCCCACUUCUUCAAUUGGAAAAAACAAGAAGUAUCUGACUCCUGAUCUGAGACAGGCCAGGAGGCAACGGAAGCAGAAUCAACCUGACGUGGUUCCUCUGCCUCCUGAAGAAUCAGAAGCUGAGGGGAAGUCUUUAGUGAAUGGUCAGCAGGAAAAUGGUCCAAAAAACGUCCUGGACAGGAGAUUUACUGAUACGGGUAACCCUACGGCCGGUGGAUGUUCUCCUGUCGUUAAUGGCGACCACGUAGGGAAGAAAAGCCGCCGAGAAGGAAAGAGGGGUGCUAAGAAUCCAGGAAAAGUUGAGGACUCUGGGUAUCUUAGCAGCACGGACAGCAAUGGCUCUAAUAAACACUUGCUGAAGUACGAAUUUGGCAGUGUUUCCGAAACUGAUGAAAACGAAUCGGUUUGCGAUGCUGCUGAAAGUGAGAGCGGAGCAGAGAGCGUCGAUACUGAUAGUGUGUUUUUUGGGAACUUCAGAAAACUCACGGCAGGGGACCAGUCCAAGAGCUAUGACUCGGGGGUAGAUUUUGCGAACUAUAUUAAAGAUAAAGGAAAGGAUAAAGACAGUUUUAAAAGUGAGGAGAGAUAUUUUUUUAAUAGUGAUAGCGAACAUGAGAGCUUUGUUACUGUUUUACCGCACGAGGGUAGGAAUAGUCUAGUGCUUUGAUUUAUCGAAGAAUUUUAGGUUCAUAAACUCAUAACAAGUUCGUUAAUCGGGUAAUAAUUUUAUUUAUUUCAUAAGAGAUAGAAAUUAUAGUUUAGAAUUUUAAUUAUAAUUAGUUAGUUAAUGUUUUUAGUUUUAAUUAUUAAAGAUGUUUUUUAAAUGUCUAGAGGCCGACGGUGCAAUAAUUAGGAUAAGUAAGUUACUUUAAGUAGUUAUUUUUACAAAAGUACACGGAG